UUUCAAAUGCGUUGCUGCAAUUUCUUUUAGAACUGAAGAAUACUCGGUGUUUUUUUUUUUUUUUUUUUUACCGAUUACUAAUGUAAAAUUCUACAAUGUUUUAGCCCUUAAAACAUCUUUAAAGCAACGUUUAUGUAAACAAUUAUAGAUAAGUGAAAAACAUAUUUAUUGAUAAAUUAAUCUACAUACUGUGGGAAAAGGAAACGACAUGGAUGGAUUUUCUUUUUCGUCGAUUCAAGCACUUUCAAAUCUUCUGUCAGCAUCGUCGCAAAAUCAAGAAGAUGAAGAUGAAGUGCCAAAUUCAGCAACUCCAAACCUAGGACCAGGUCACAUUGGCCCAGCAAAACGUUCUGAAAAUACAGAUACAGUUGAAUUAAGGAAAAAAAACAGUAAAGACAUAUGGGAUGAAGAAGAAGUGCCUGAAGGCUCUGAAUAUGAUGAUACCUUUGAUUCCAGGCAACAGCCAGAGUAUGAGGUGAUUUUCAAACAACACGUUGGUACAGAGGAUGUGUUUCUGGGAAUGAGCAGAAAGGACCCCUCUUCAGCUUGUUGUGAGUGUAUGUUGAUAAAAGUCAAGUUGCCUGAAACAAAACUUGCAGAUGUGCACCUAGAUGUUAAACAAAGGUUCCUGGAUCUGCGCUCUCCAAAAUACAAAUUAGGACUUCAUCUCCCACAUCCUGUGGACAGUGAAAAUGGGAAGGCACGUUUUAUCACAGAGACACAGACACUGGAGGUUACUUUAACCAUGAACCGCGAUUUGGACUUUAUUAACUUUCAGUGAUGAUGAAUCUGACUUUCAUGGGUAGAACACAGUAAGUGGAAAGGUGUGUGCAUCUCAGAAGUUUCUAGAAUUACUAUAGCAGAUAAAGGCUCCAAGGAUGUUAUUUAAACAUUUUCCAAUACUAAUGUUUAUUACACAAUACAUUUAUGUGCAGAUAUUUUGUGUUUCAUUUUCUUAAGAGGUUGGGAUAAAUUUAAAAAGAAAACUUGAAAUGUGGCAGGGCAGUUUCAAAUUCAGAUGUGACUUUUCAAAAACUGUGUAUUUUAUUUGAACACUAGGGGGCAGAAGACUAAAGGAAACAUAGUUGACCUGCAGAUGUUUUUCAAAAAUGCAAAUUACAUGUACAUUAGAGUACAAGUUCACAAUCAAGCAGUCUGAUGCUAAUUUCUGAUUUGUUUCUUAAAUAUGGUUCUUUUAGACUUAAGACUAAAAAUGA